CCGAGAAGGGGUCCCUGCCGCUGGGAGCUCGGGCAGGCAGCGUCCAGCCUGCCUGCGUUAACCUGAGGACAAUGGGGGCCUGGGCACUGUGGAUGCUGCCUCUGCUGUGCAAAAUCAGUCUGGCGGUUCUGCCAGCUAAGCCUGAGAACAUUUCUUGCAUCUUCUACUAUAAGAAAAAUUUUACUUGCACCUGGAGUCCAGAGAAAGAAGCCAAUGAUACAUGGUACAUAGUUAAGAGAACUUACUGUUAUGGACGUAAAAGUGAUCAUUGUACUACUGGUAAUUCUACAAGUACAAAUCGUACCUCAUGCUCUUUUUAUCCUCCAACAAUAACAAUACCAGACAUUUACACCAUUCAAGUGGAAGCUCAAAAUGCAGAUGGUAUAAUUAAAUCUGAUACAACAAAAUGGAUAUUAGCUACCAUAGUAAAAACCGAACCACCUGAGAUUUACAGUGUGAAACCAGUUUUGGGCGUCAAACGAAUGGUUCAAAUAAAAUGGAAAAGGCCUGUGUUGGCACCUGCUUCAACUACUUUAAAGUACAUGCUUCGAUUCAGAACAGUAAAUAGUGCCCACUGGAUGGAAAUCAACUUCAAAGAAUAUUUCUUUGGACAUGCAACAUACAACCUCAUGGGGCUGCAGGCUUUUACGGAAUAUGUCGUAGCUCUGCAGUGUGUGGCUGAGAAGUCGAUGUUCUGGAGUGGCUGGAGCCAAGAAAAAAUGGGAACAACUGAAGAAGAAGCUCCACAUGGCCUGGAUCUGUGGAGAGUCCUGAGACCAGCCAUGGUGGAUGGAAGAAGGCCAGUGCAGUUGUUGUGGAAGAAGGCAAGAGAAGCCCCAGUCCUGGAGAAAACGCUUGGCUACAACAUAUGGUAUUUUCCAGAAAACAACACUAACCUCACAGAGACAAGGAACACCACUAACCAGCAGCUUGAUCUGUAUCUGGGAGGCAAGACCUAUUGGGUGUCUGUGAUUUCUUAUAAUUCUCUUGGGGAGUCUCCGGUGGCCACCUUGAGGAUUCCAGCUAUUGAUGAAAAGCCAUUUCAGUGCAUUGAGGCCAUGCAGGCCUGCCUGACUCAGGACCAGCUGGUGGUGGAGUGGCAAAGCUCUGCUCCAGAGGUGGACACAUGGAUGGUUGAGUGGUGUCCAGAUUUGGACUCAGAGCCCUCCGACUUUUCCUGGGAAUCUGUGUCUUGGGCCAGGAACUGGACAAUCCAGCAAGAUGAAUUAAAACCUUUCUGGUGCUAUAACAUCUCUGUGUAUCCAAUGUUGGGAGACCGAGUGGGCGAACCGUAUUCCAUCCAGGCUUAUGUCAAAGAAGGCGUUCCAUCAGCAGGUCCUGUGACCAAGGCAGAGAACAUUGGUGUGAAGACAGUUACAAUCACAUGGAAAGAGAUUCCCAAGAGUCAAAGAAAUGGUUUCAUCAGCAACUACACCAUAUUUUACCAAGCUGAAGAUGGAGAGGAAUUCUCCAAGACAGUCAACUCCAGCAUCCUGCAGUAUGGCCUGGAGUCCCUGACAAGAACAACCUCUUACACUGUUCAGGUCAUGGCCAGCACCAGUGCUGGGGGAACCAACAGCACCAGGAUUAACUUCAAGACAUUGUCAAUUAGUGUCCUUGAGAUUUUCCUUAUAACUUCUCUGGUUGGAGGAGGCCUUCUUAUUCUCAUCAUACCGAUGGUGGCAUAUGGUCUCAAAAAACCCAACAAAUUGAAGCACCUAUGUUGGCCUGAUGUCCCCAACCCUGCCGAAAGCAGUAUAGCCACGUGGCAUGGAAAUGAUUUCAAGGCUAAGCUAAAUGUGAAGGAAUUUGAUGAGUCUGUGAACACGCACGAAGAGAGGAUUCUAAAACCAUGUUCUGCCCCCAGUGACCUUAUUGACAAGUUAGUGGUGAAUAUUGAGAAUUUUCUGGAAGAGGUUUCCACAGAGGAACCUGGAAAGGGUCAGGAAAACAUUUUGGGAGGGGAAAAGAAUGAGUAUGUGACCUCUCCCUAUAGACCUUAUUGCCCCUCUGGGAAAAAUUUCAAGGAACCCUCCAUUUCAACUGAGAUUCCAUCUGGAAAAUCCCAAUACCUGUGUUCUGGAAUGCCAGAAGGGAACUGCUCAGAAGCCAAAGAGCAACUUCUCUCUUCUGCUUCAAGUUUAGGGCCAGACCAUCUCUGUGAGGAAAGAGCACCAAAUCCAUAUUUGAAAAAUUCGGUAACAACCAGAGAAUUUCUCGUGUCUGAAAAACUUCCAGACCAAACCGAGAGAGAAGUCUAGAUGCCACCAUGGCUUGAAUCUCUCUGCAUCUCAGUGAGAGUGACUCUUACAGAGAGAGGAUAUCAAGACUUGGCCAGAAGAGCUUCCUUGGCUGCCUUCCCAUCCUGCUUGUAUUAGAGAAAGUCUGGCAUGCCCCUGGGUUGAGCUUGGUUGGCACAGAUAUAUAACUUGGCUGAGAAGAAGAAGGGAUGAUGAUAAGACUGAGUGCAUUGCAGAGGAAAACCAAUUUGUUUGCUUUUGUUCAGACAGUAAGCUCUCACCGAGGCCUCUGAUAGAUUGACUUGGAGGGACAGUGGACCCCUGAGGUGGAUAUAUCUCGCCUUCCCUAGGAAUUGGGUCAUGGUCACAGCCUUUACUGGAGCUACACCUCAGAGUUCCCUGAUGCCAGAGGACAUUUAUUUAAUUGGCACUUGGGUGAUCUGGUGGGAAGGGAGAGUCUCCUUUCACUUUGGCCUCUCCUAAGCUCUGGGCUCUCCCUCUGAGGUAGACCUGACAUCUUACUUUUGAGAUUAUGUAUGGGUUGGAAGUGGAAGUGGCCCUCCUGAUGGUGUGCUUGAGGCUCUCAUUACCCUCAUUAAAUCUCAAGUGUCUGCAGCAACACACCCUCCUAGGACUCUUCACCCCUAGUCCACUCUACGUUGGCUGCUGGUAAAUCAAGGAGUGAGGAGGUGCUCAUCAGGGCACUGGGGAGUGGACUCUAGGCUGGUCUGGCAGGUCCGCCUCACUCUCCAGGCCAUUGUACAGCCCUGGAAACAGUUCCCGGAGGCCCUUGCUGCCCCUCUAUCUUGCACACAGGCCUGGGAGUAGACAGGCACCCAACACUGCAAUGGCUUUUGUACAGGGACUCUGGCCUGUCUCGCUGUCUCAGAGCACAGGAAUGCUUACUGAACACACCCUUUGAAGGCCUCUUCCCAGAAGCAGCAGAGCAGGGCCUGGGAACUACGUAAUGGUUAGCAACUUCACUGCUUCUAUACCAGGACUCCUCCACCUUCGCCCCAGCUAAGCAUGGAGCUUGUGACAAUUCGUGGAGCCUUUAGCCCAAGUGCUGGUGGCAGGAUUCAGCUACUGAGACUCGAGAACUGAUAGCUGGUGCUGGGCUCCUGCCCUGACAUCAGAUGACUUCCUGACAUGUGGCUGUGACUCAUCUGGCUGUUGGGGGUGGUCACUGAGAGCCUGGUGAGAUCAGGGGAGGCCAGGCAACGAGUGAGUGGGGAGUGCAGUGAACCCAGCAUUUGUCAGCCACAAAGGCUGACGGUGUUUUUUCUAGGAGAGUUUGAGGAGUUGGUACCUGUGUAGCAGGCACGAACUUCACAAGCCGCCAACUUUAUUCCUAUACCUAAAAUUAGUUUCUAGCCCAAGCCCCUGACAUUUUGAAGUAACUGCAGCCCAAUUUGGUGUUUUCUGAGUCACUUUGGGUUUGUCACUCAGUCACAUUUGGGAUUUUGAUGCCCCUGUCCUCCCUGGGACUGAUUCUGAGCGUCAGAGGAUGUUCAGUGGAGCCGCAUGGUUUUGUCUCUCAUUUGAUAUCUGCCCAACACUAGUCUUGGGACCUUCCUGUGGCCCCACAUGCCCUUGUUGGGCCACCUGCCACUUUCCUCGGCCAACUGCUGCAUCCUCACAAUGGGCACAGGCAGGUGGGGCUUCUCCCCCAAAGCUGUCUCCUCAUUAAAUCUCAAGUGCCUGCAGCAAUCCCCGCUCCGCAAGUCUUCCCUCCUAGCUUACAGAACAGUAGAA